AUGAAAAGUGAUAUUAUAUUCAGUUUAUUUCCGAAUCAUAAGGCAGAUGCUUUUUCACCACCCGACCAUUCAUACAUUUCACCGUUGGAUUAUUUUCUGCAGUUGAUCUUUGAUGGCUUCCACAAAUGGGACGCUAUAUACUAUCAUUUUAUAUCAAUCAAUGGCUAUAUUUUUGAAAACACACUCGCAUUCUUUCCGCUUCUCCCACUUACUUUGGGAAUUAUAUCAAAAAUCACUUAUGCUUUUCCUUCUCUGUGGAGUUUAUGGGUACACAAUAUCCUCAUUGGCGUUUUUUGGAGUUUUCUCUGCCAUGUCCUUGGAGCCAUUCAGAUGUAUCGACUUUCUAAAUUGAUGUUAAUGAGUGAAUCUAUUUCUGUUAUGUCUGCUCUCUUGUAUACUAUUAAUCCCGCAUCUAUAUUCUUUUCUACUCUUUAUUCUGAAUCCUUUUACGGUCUACUUUUAAUAUCCGCUCUUGUUUGCUUAGCUGAAAGUCAUUAUAUUCAAGGAUGUUUUCUCCUUUCCCUAACAACAGCCUGCCGUAGUAAUGGGAUUGUUAACUGUGGAUUUGGUUGUUUUCCCCACUUUAUCUUCCUUGUAAAUGAGUUAUCUAAUAUCUAUAGGAAGAAAUUUUCCAUAUUUUUUGCGUUCAUUAAAGUUCUCGAAGCAGUGUCCUAUCGGAUCUUGAUAUUCUUCUCUAUAAUUGGAAGUUCGUUAUUGCCUUAUCUGAUUUACCAAUAUUAUGCUGGUUAUCUCUAUUGUUUCACAGGACCUAAACCUUCAUAUUUGUCCUUUUUGAUCCCCGAAUACCCAAGUCAGGAAUUAGUUGAUUAUGCUGAAGAAUUAGGUGUUCUAACCCCUUACACUGUUAAUGCAACUAUGCACGCUGUUUGGUGCCAAGGGGUUCCAUGGUCCUCUUAUAGCAUUAUUCAAAAAUACUUUUGGAAUGUUGGGGCUUUCAAAUACUACCAAUUAAAACAGUUACCGAACUUUCUUCUUGCUCUUCCAGUGUUAACUCUCGUCUAUAAAACCAUUAGUCUCUUUGCAAAAAGAGCACCAAAGACUUUAUUUUCGAUGGGAAUUUUAGCGGAAACAAGUAAACAACGUCUUUUACUUCCGCAUAUUUAUCAUAUCAUAUUCCUAUCCACCUAUGGUAUUGUCAACGUUCACAUUCAGGUUCUAACUCGCAUGAUGUUUUCGUCUUGUCCAGUCCUCUACUGGUAUUGUGCCUCAGUGUUACUGGAAGAAGAUUAUAUCUUUACUCGAGUUUCUCGUAAUACGAAAUCAAAGUCAAAGAGGGCGAUACAAAUUCACGGAUUGGAUGAUAUGCACCAUGCAGUAUCUCCAUCGACGUAUCCACCUUGGUCCUCUAAGCGAAUUCUUCUCUAUUACUUUUAUUCUUAUAUUAUUAUUGGCUGUGCUAUGCACUCUAAUUUUCUACCUUGGACUUAA